GCGCAGGCGUAGUUGCGGCUCAGUUUGGGCCCGCGUCCGGAGCGGGUGGCCGGGCAGGGAUAUGCGGCGCCGGGGCGCGGUACAGCGGAAGGUGCCGUGUCUGUUUGUGACUGAGGUGAAGGAGGAGCCGUCGGCCAAGCGGGAGAACCAGCCAUUUAAAGUUUUGGCAACUGAAACUAUAAAUGGAAAGGCGUUAGAGGCAGAUAUAUACAAUGCAAUUCCUACUGAAAAAGUGGACGGAACCUGCUGUUAUGUAACUACCUAUAAAGGGCAACCGUAUCUAUGGGCCAGGCUGGAUCGGAAACCCAACAAACAAGCUGAAAAAAGGUUUAGGAGAUUCUUGUAUUCAUUGGAGGAUUGCAAAGAAUUUGUUUGGAAUGUUGAAGAGGAUUUCAAGCCUGUUCCCAGUACUUGGAUUCCAGCAAAGGACAUAGAAUUCUCUAAUGGCAAUCCUUUGCCAGAUGAAAAUGGACAUAUGCCAGGUUGGGUGCCUGUGGAGAAAAACAGUAAGCAGUAUUGCUGGCAUUCAUCUGUUGUAAAUUAUGAGCCUGGAAUAGCACUGGUACUGAAACACCAUGCUGACCCAGGGCUUCUUGAAAUCAGCCCGGUGCCCUUAUCAGAAAUAUCAGAACAAACGUUGGAACUGAUUGGGACUAAUAUUAAUGCAAAUCCAUAUGGAUUAGGAAGCAAGAAGCAGCCUGUACAUCUUCUCGUACCACAUGGAGCAUUUGAAAUAAAGAACCCACCUACUCUGAAACAAAAUGACAUACUGUCUUGGUUUGAAGGCUGCAGUGAGGGUCAAGUUGAAGGAAUCGUGUGGCACUGCCAUGAUGGGUCUUUAAUUAAGCUCCAUCGCCAUCAUCUUGGCUUAUGCUGGCCACUUGCAGAGACAUACCUGAAUUCCCAGCCUGUUGUAAUUUCUUUUAAUAGAACGAAAUAUGACUGUGACUUUGAACCAAAGAGUUUAUUUCACCAUUUUUCAAACUUGGAUGGUCAAAGAUUUGACAGACUCAAAGACAUCAAGUUUAAUGAUUGAAAUAAUUUUUCUCUUUUAAGUUAAUUGUUUUAUGUGCUACAUUCCUCCUAGUUGUGCCCACCAGGGAAGUCUUUACAAAUAAUCUUCUAUCUUAGGCAGCAGCCUAGGUACAGUGCCAUUUUAUUUUUUUCUUGAUGUCUAGUUCUAUAUAACAAGAGAUCUGAUGUUCAGAGCAGAGAUCUAGCUUUCAGCAUGUUUAUUUUCAGUUCUGAAAAAUCCUUAACUUCUGAAGCCAUUUCUGGAAACUGUUAUAAGUGUAUGAAUUAUGUAUGAACACUGGCUGGUUCCAAUAGGUAACCUAAUGAAUACAAUAAGCUGUAAAAUUUCCAUAGGUUGCUCUUCUAUAAAUAAAAUUAUUAUUCUAUAAAUACAAAGAUGAUUAUAUGUAGGAUUUAAUUUUAUGAUCUAUUUGUUUCUUAACAGUAAGGGAUGUAUUUCAGGUGUGACCAGAAUUAGUGCUAAAAUUUGAUACAUUUUUUUUUAAAUUUGUAACAGUUCCUUUUUGUGGAAAACUUUUCACUGUAUUUAACAGGUAACUGCAGCACUGUGUUCUUACUUGAAAAUUUAAUUAAACUAUAUCCUACAGGUACUUCCACCAUUUUGAGACAAAAAGAGUAAAUAAUAGAAAGUCUAUUAGUUCUGUUUUGGAGUAAUUAGUGACAGACAUGACUUUGCUUAACAAUACACAUUUUCAGAUUCCAUCUCAAUUGGGAAACUUCAUCAAGGGCAUAUUAAGUAAGAUAUAAAAGUUUAAGUAAGUUUAAGUUUAUAAAAGAUUAAGUAAGAUAUAAAAUAAUAAAGGUGAGACUGGAUGAUCAUUUGAGUUGGCUUUUAUUUUAUCUGUGCUAUAAAAUUAUACAUCCAUCUAUAUAAAACACAAAAUGAAAAAUAAUUUCUCUACAAAAAAUACCGUUUGUUCGGAUGAAACACUAACUUUACUUUCAAUUCUUUGUUCUUUACUUUCACUCCAUUUUCUACCUAGAGGCAUGUAAGAACAGAGAUCCAGCACACUGACCUUGAGUCCGUAGUUAAGAAGUAUGAUUGCACAUGAGAGCAAGAACAAAUUACAUAUUCUCAUCAAUCUGGGACUUAGCACAUUUUAAUUGUUUGUCAACUCUUGGAGUAAGUCCAAGGUUUCAGUUUCACCUGACACUUGUGUAUUACCCAAAUUGCUGUUUUGAAUUGAAAUUAAUAGUGCAAAGAAGUUGGCAGAUGUAGAACUGACUUAUUUUUACUUGGGCGUAUAAAUACCAUCAGCUGUUGACUAACUCAAUUCUGCAUUCUUAAGUGUGUGCCAAACGACUGUAACUUCAUUAGAUUUGUAUCAUUCCAGGAUACAGACAAAUAAACCAC